CUACAGCAAUGGCCUUACGUGUUUUACUUUUAUUUGGUUUUAGAAAUCUUUAGAAAUGAUGAAAUCUAAAUUAUUUGCUGUGAUCGGUGAUAACUUUCUGUGCGCAAAGAUAUUAAAUCGAAAAAUUAGUAAACAUGCUAUACAUAGAUAGAUCUAAGUCUAGCAAAAAAAUGAAGAGUGAAACAAAAAAUUCAGAAAUCAAGAUGAUUUUGGAAAAGUGUAAGGCUAUCCUGCUUUUUUCUAGCAUAAUUUGUACGUUUGCUGUUGUUAUAUCGCUACACAAACUGUUGAACUACGACGUUCGGUUGACGAAGCCGUUUUCACCGAUACCAGCGGGGUUAUACGGAAAUUAUUUAGAACCUUAUGUGGAUCAAUCACCCCCACCUAGAAAGAAAGAGGACAAGGCGCGAGAUGCCGAGGCUGUGGUGUCUCUGAACGCCGCACUCGAUAUGAAGAGGAUGGGCAAAGAUGACAAAGCUUUAAAAUUAUUCCAACAUGCGUUUGCCCUGUCCCCCAAACAUGCAGACAUAUUGAAUCACUAUGGUGAGUUUCUGGAGGACACGAAAAAGGAUAUCGUUAAAGCAGACCAACUGUACACAUUAGCAUUAACAAACUACCCGGACCAUUCUGGAGCUUUAUCUAAUAGGCAAAGAACAGCUAGUAUAGUGGAAAACUUGGAUAGAGAGAUGUUGCGAAAAAUUGACGAAAAACGUGAUACACUUUUGUCUAUUCCCGACAACAAUGCGGCACUGUGUAGGGCCAAGAAGGAAGCAUACUUCCAACAUAUCUACCACACUGUCGCAAUAGAAGGGAAUACAAUGACAUUACAGCAGACAAGAAGUAUAUUAGAAACGAGAAUAGCUGUCGCCGGCAAGAGUAUAGCAGAGCAUAAUGAAAUUCUAGGCUUAGAUGCGGCUAUGAAGUAUAUUAACACCACUCUACUGUAUAGACUUAAAGACAUUACAAUGGGUGAUAUCUUGGAAAUACAUAAACGGGUACUGGGACACGUAGACCCAUUGGAGGGUGGACAGUUUAGGAGGACCCAGGUGUAUGUUGGUGGCCACAUACCACCCGGCCCCUCAGAGAUCCAAAGACUCAUGACACAGUUUCUAGAGUGGUUGAAUUCGGAGGAUGCAAUGGACUUACAUCCAGUCAGAUACGCGGCACUCGCUCACUACAAGCUAGUAUACAUCCAUCCGUUCAUCGACGGCAACGGGCGCACGUCACGUCUGCUUAUGAAUCUGCUGCUGAUGCAAGCUGGUUACCCGCCCGUCAUCAUCGCCAAGCAGCACCGACAUCUGUACUACCAACACCUGCAGACUGCCAAUGAGGGGGAUGUGAGACCUUUUGUGAGAUUCAUCGCCCAGUGCACGGAACGGACACUAAACCUUUACUUGUGGGCGACCAGUGAGUACAGUCCUUCGGUGCCUGCUAUAGGACACCCUCACAUACUAACCGGUGAAGACUUUGAAGACGAAGUGUUAUGAUACUAAAUCAUGCUCCGACAUGACCAACUAAAAGUAUUAUCUUAUGCUCUCCAAAGUACAACUUUUAUAUGCUUAAGACUAAGAGACCUCUGCGUUGAGACAUCAAGGCAGAAGUCUUAUUACACUCGGUUUCAAUCUAUUUCGAUUUUAAGGUAAACAAAAAAGUAAAACUCUACAAAAUUAAUGUAAAAUCUUCCAUUGUUUGUUUUUAGGCGGGCUAUAAUACAGUACAAUGUACCAUCGAGGAAAUUGAUUCCGAGGCAGUUGACAGACCAA